AUGUCUGGGAAUCACCAUCAUCACGAUCAUGGCGGGCAUUGCCACGGGGAAGACGGACAUGAUCAUUCUAACGACAUUACCCCCGCUAUUCAGUCCCUCCUGUACUCGCAGAUCCAGUUCGAUUCUAUCACGACGUUGAACGAGGCUGUUCCAAACUCCGGGGCUGCGAUCGCCCAGAAGACGUGGGCGGAAAGACUGAACGACCAACCCGAACUUGAAAGCGAUGCGGACGAGCAACUGCUUAUGUAUAUCCCGUUUACCGGACAAGUCAAGGUUCAUUCACUCCUUCUUUAUACCGCGCCGACCCUAUCCGUUCCCAAAACCCUGAAACUUUUCAAGAACCGGGAUGAUCUGGAUUUUGCAACGGCCUCGGAGCUCACGCCCACUCAAACAAUUGAGGUUCCACAGCCGGUUCCGGGAGCAGAUAUCUUCGAGUUGCCCUUGAAUCGUGCACACUGGAAUACCACCACCUCCAUCACCUUGUUUUUUGAAGACAACUGGAGCGAUGGGGAGGAAGAGGUCACCAAAGUUGGAUACAUCGGUUUCAAGGGUCAGUUCAUGGCACUGAAUCGGGAGCCGGUCAAUUUCCUCUACGAAGCAGCUGCCAACCCCGGUGAUCACAAGGCAAUCCAGGGGGUGAACGAUGUAGGAGGCAGAGUCAUGCCGGGCCAGUGA